ACAAAUAAUGGUAAUAAUACCACUAACACUACAUCAUCAAAUGUUGAAAUGCCAACAUUAUCAUUAAAAUUAGCAAACGAUUUAAUUUUAGAAAUGGAUAGUUUAAUUAAAGCAGAUUUAGCAAUGUUAGAAAAAUUUUAUACAACAGAUUAUAAAGAUGUACCAUUUGAAAGAGCGAUAAAUAAAGCAAAAAGAAAAUAUGAAAAGAGGAGAGGGCCAACACUUAUCAAACCAUUAAAUAAAACCAAAAAGAGAAUGAUAGUUGGAGAUAUGGAAUAUGACCCCAAAACUCAAAGUUGGAGAGGAAAUGAAAGUGACUUAGCAGGAUUUCCAAACCCACCAGCACUUAUUACAAAUAUGGGUAAAGCAGAUGAACGUGUAUUAGGUUCGAUGAAAUGGGAUCCAAAUCAAAAGGAAUGGAAAGGAAAUGAAAGAGAUUUAACCAAAUUUAGAUUUUUAAAACCUGCCCUCAUUAGUCAAUUAACACCAAGUGAAUCACGUGUCGAAAAUGGUAUGGUUUAUAAUGCUAAAACAAUGCGUUGGGAAGGUAAUGAGGAUGCUUUGGAUGCCUUCGAGACUAUGGAUGAACAAAACAACGAUCAAACAUUUAGCGUCGGUAAAGAGUUUAACUUAACACCAGCAUUGGUUGCAUCAUUCAAAAACUCUGCUGAACAACAUAGAAAAUCUUUGGGUGGUUGGUUCUCGCACAGAUAUCUUGAGGACCGAAAUUAUUUAUAUAGUAUUAGAUCUAUGUCAAUUAUGAAGAUUGUUAGAUCUGCAGCAUUUAAAGGUGGGGCUGGUUUGUCCCCAAACUCUUCAGCAAAUCAAAUGGUGUCGAUGGGUUCACCAGGUGGUCCUGGUAUCAUAUCUUUAAUACCAAACAAAAAGAAACCUGUAGUAGAUGAAACUAAAGAUUGGGAUGAUAUAGAUUUUAAUCAAGAAAAACCUGCACUAAAGUUAAAUUUAAAGAUUCAUCUUGAUGCCGAUGACGAAAUGAACGAAUGUUGGGACAAGGGAUUCACCUCUGAAGAAGAGACUAUGUCAUCAAAUAAUGAAGCUGGUGGUCAAUUUUCAUCGUCUUCACAACCACACACCCCCAGAAAAGCACCUGUAGAAGAAUGGUCCGAUUUUGACAAUACAAUGAACUCCACAAUCACCGGUAAAAUUAUUCAAUUAAAUAAAAAAGAUAACUCAUCAUCAAGUUUAAACAACAUAAGCAAUAAUAGUUUAAAUAAUUUAAUAGGUAGUUCAAGUAAAACGUUUGAUGACGAUGAUGAAGAUUUUGAUUGGAGCAGCAGUAAUAAUAAUACUUUAAAUAGUUUAAAUAAUACAGCAAAUAGUUCAGGUACAAUUGGAUUAGGUGGCACUAUAACAAAUUUAAAUAGUAAAAUUAAAAAGGGUGGUAGUCUUAAAGGUGGUGUUAUUGGUGGUUCUGGUAGCACAAGAUCAAAAAAAAGUAGUGAUAAAAAACGUGGUGGUACAUUCAACAUUCAAUCUUUCGCCUCUGCUUUAUCUGGUGGUAAUGCAAACACUCCAUUAAGUUCAAGUGGCAGCACUAUUGCCGGUAGUGGUAAUGUAAAUGAAAUCUAUGACGAAUUUCAAGUUCCAAAUGGAGGUGUUUUAUCUUUAAAAAAUAAACCACACCAAGAUAAUUUUGAUCUCUUUGAAAGUGACUCAUCAAAUCAAAGACCAUCAAAAGAUGAACCAUGCGACGAAACAAUGAAGUUUUUUGAAAAUGAUAAAGAAGUUUUUGAAGAAGAUUGGCCAGAUGUACGUCUUCCAGCUGACUUUGGAGCUAAAAAGAAUCAAGAAUCAAGAAAAUCUCCACCAAUUAAAAAUAAUCAAGUCGAGGAUUACUCUGAUGAAUUAGAUAUCCCCCAACUUAAUCAACCAUUAAAAUUAAAAUCUCAUCAUUUAAUUGAUAAUCCUUUUGAUGAUGACGAUGAUUUGGAUUUUGGUAAUGAUAAGGAUAAUGACACCUGGGAUGAUGUCUCUUUCCCAGAAAAUCCUUCACAAUUAAUUUCUUCAACUUCAAAAUUACCAAAACCUUUACCAAUUAAUAUAAAUAAUAAUAAUAUAAAUAAUAUAAAUAAUAUAAAUAGUUUAAAUAAUAUAAAUAACUUAAACAAUAUAAACAAUAUAAAUAAUAAUAAAACAACAACUACAACAACCACAACCAAUAAUAUAUUUCAAACUCCAUCAAAAUUAAAUAAUAUAAAGUCUUUAAAUGAAACUCCAGCAAAAUUUCAAACCCCAAUAACUUUUAGACCCUCAUUUACACCAAAAACAAUAGAUGAAAUUUUAAAAUCUCCUGAAUCACCUUCAUCUCCAUUUAAAUCAAAACCAAAAUAAAAGUUUUGAUUUUAAAUAAAAUAAAAAUUUAAUGUAAUAAUUAUUAUAAAAUUGUAUAAAACUAAAAUAUUUUUAUUAGUAAAAUAAAUAAAUAGAAAAUAAAAUAAUAUACCAAUUUAAAAUUUUUUUUUUAAUAUUUUAUAAAAAUAUUUUAUAAAU